AAUUCUUCUUCUUCUUCAUCUUGCUGACUUGGCCUAAUUUAAUCGCUGGACGAAAGAGGUUUCAUAUCAUUCUCAUCAUUCUCAUCAUCAACAUCAUCAUCAUCAUCAUAUCUUCUUGCUAAUCAUCUCAUACUUCAUUCCAACUUUGCUGUGUCCACCACCUCCCUCAGGCUCUAUUCUCCCCCCUUUGACCCCCUCCUCCCCCUCUCCUUAUCCCUACAUACUACGGAGUACUGCUGUUGUUGCCUGUGCACCCACCCGCAACCCUUCCGCAACUAAAAAAACUAAUUAUCAUUUGCGUCAUACCUUCGCCGUCUCCGCCAGCCCAGUCUUUCCUUGCCCUCGCCUUCGAUUUUCUUCCAUCUCGGAGGACCCCUACUCCCCCCCAGUACUGAACUGAAUCUCUCUCCGUCAUGUUUCCCACUGGACGUCGCAGCAUUUUAGAUGGACUCAAUCGGCGGUACAUCUACGGUCGGUUGCCACUGCUCCAUACGAUAAUCUUUCUCAUCGAGAUGGCGGCGGCGACGCGGCUUGCCGCCAAGUUCAACUCCUACUAUUCGGAGAAACCUAUCCUUACUACUAUGGUCACCAAUGCGAUCCUGGGUGGAAUCGCAGACACUGUUGCACAAUUGAUCACCGCUGUCAGAGCCGGCUCCGGACGCCGGUCGUCCCACGGUGGGGACUUCAUCUCGAUUGAGAUCCAUGACCUUGACAAAGAGAAACCGCCGGCCCUCGGGGAGCUGGGACAUGCGAGACACGCGACUCCGGCAUUCGACUUUGAGCGCCUCACUCGGUUCAUGUCGUACGGUUUCUUCAUGGCCCCGCUCCAGUUUCACUGGUUUGGCUUCUUGUCUCGUGCUUUUCCCCUCACCAAGAAGAACCCGAGCAUCCCGGCGUUGAAGCGCGUUGCUUGCGACCAGCUCAUUUUCGCUCCUUUCGGUUUGGCGUGCUUCUUCACGUUCAUGACGGUCGCCGAAGGUGGCGGCAAGCGGGCAUUGACGCGCAAAUUCCAGGACGUCUACCUGCCUACCUUAAAGGCCAACUUUGUGCUCUGGCCAGCCGUCCAGAUUCUCAAUUUCCGUGUUGUCCCCAUCCAGUUCCAGAUUCCUUUUGUAUCUUCUGUCGGUAUUGCGUGGACGGCGUACCUGUCGUUGACCAACUCUUCGGAGGAGGAGUGAAUUCAACAACUCACUCAUCCAAUCUUAGGCCGAUCGUGACUUACGGAGGAUGUUGCUCUUUCGGAUAUAUUUGUUUCAACAGGCCGUGCUUCCA